AUGGUGGCAGGUCGGUCCCGGGCGCGGAGCCCUGGGAGCUGGCUGUUCCCUGGCCUGUGGCUGUUGACUGUGGGCGGUCCGGGGUCGUUGCUGCAAGCCCAGGAACAGCCCUCUUGCAAAAAAGCCUUCGAUUUGUACUUCGUCCUGGACAAGUCUGGGAGUGUAGCAAAUAACUGGAUUGAAAUUUACAAUUUUGUCCACCAACUGACAGAGAGAUUUGUGAGUCCUGAAAUGAGAUUGUCCUUCAUUGUGUUUUCUUCCCAAGCAACCAUCAUUUUGCCAUUAACUGGAGACAGAUACAAGAUCAGCAAAGGACUGGAGGAUUUAAAAGCUGUUCAGCCCGUGGGAGAGACAUACAUCCAUGAGGGGCUAAAGCUUGCGAACGAACAAAUUCAAAAUGCAGGAGGCUUGAAAACCUCCAGUAUCAUAAUCGCUCUGACUGACGGGAAACUGGAUGGCCUGGUACCAUCAUAUGCAGAGAAAGAGGCAAAGAAGUCCAGGUCACUUGGCGCUAGUGUUUACUGUGUUGGGGUCCUUGAUUUUGAGCAAGCUCAGCUGGAAAGAAUUGCUGACUCCAAGGACCAAGUUUUCCCCGUCAAAGGCGGUUUUCAAGCUCUUAAAGGGAUCAUCAACUCUAUACUAGCUCAAUCAUGUACCGAAAUCCUGGAAUUGAGUCCUUCAAGUGUCUGUGUAGGGGAGACAUUUCAAGUUGUUCUGAGUGGAAGAGCAGUCAUGUCGAUCAGGGAUGACGGCAGUGUCCUCUGUACAUUCACUGCGAACAGCACAUACACAAAGAAUGAAAAACCAGUGAGUGUUCAGCCCGGUUCCAUCCUCUGUCCUGCCCCUGUCCUGAACAAAGCUGGAGAAACUCUUGAAGUUUCAAUCGCCUUUAAUGACGGGAAGUCUGCUGUCUCAAGAUCCUUAACAAUCACAGCCACAGAAUGUUCCAACGGGAUUGCAGCCAUCAUAGCUAUUUUGGUGUUGUUGCUGCUCCUGGGCGCUGCCUUGAUGUGGUGGUUUUGGCCCCUUUGCUGCAAAGUGGUUAUUAAGGAUCCUCCCCCACCACCUUCUCCACCAAAGGAGGAGGAGGAGGAAGAGCCUUUGCCCAACAAGAAAUGGCCAACUGUGGAUGCUUCCUACUAUGGCGGUCGAGGGGUCGGAGGAAUUAAAAGGAUGGAGGUCCGCUGGGGAGAUAAGGGUUCUACGGAGGAAGGCGCAAGGCUAGAGAAAGCAAAAAAUGCGGUGGUGAUGAUCCCUGAAGAAGAGAUACCUGUCCCAUCGAGACCACCUCGACCCAAACCCACACACCAGGCACCUCAGACAAAGUGGUACACGCCAAUUAAGGGUCGUCUGGAUGCACUCUGGGCAUUGAUCUUGAAGCAGUACGACCGGGUGUCCUUGAUGAGACCCCAGGAAGGCGAUGAGGUACGUGAUUUCUUGAGAAAGUUGGUGGGGGGCGGAGCAUAUAACGGAAGUAAUUUAAAACUUCCUGUUAGCAUGUGGGGUAGAAUUGAUGCUGACGGCUACACGUUCUUGUUACACUGGGUGCUUGUCUAACUGUGUUUUUUAGGAUGCACUUUUCAAGCCAAUUUCAUACCACUGCCUUUCCAGAUAAUUAAGUAAAGUCAUAAGCACGCUCAUUGCUUCGGUAUUUGACUUUGAAGACAUGUGUUCUGAGUUAUCUCCCCUUGGAAGAAACAGACAGGGAAUUAGCAUCUGAAGUCUUUCUUCUAGCAUUUGUAGCAAUGGGAUCUGGGGAAAACACCUCAGAAACGUUUUCUUUAGAUAUAAACCUGUUACCUGCCUUCGAUAGUUGCAGCAGUCACAGUCUAGUUUCUGAAAUAGGUCAAGGUGCCCUGAGGGCUUGAAGCUCUGUAGAAAUCUGUAAUAGUGAUAUUUAGAUACAUAUCCUUACCGGUGUGUGUAGGCAUGGUUUUUCCUUACUUCAAGCUCUCAUUCCAGAAAUCUGUUUAGAAUUACUCUGUUCUUAGUAGUUUUCCUAAUAAUUUGCACUGCUUCCUGGUGCUACAAUUUUAGGAAAAUUGUUCAAAGCUUCCUCCUAGGUCUGGUUGAAGGACCAGUGCUGUUCAGGAAAGCUAGCAGGCUGCUUUCCUGGUGUGAGUGCGACCCUUCCUUUUCUACUGAGGAGAAUGCCAGGCACAUCUCGGAGGUGUUUUGGCUUUGACAUUUAGGUCUGACACUCUGCUCUUUAAAGCUAUGGAGUUAUCAGUCAAAUUAGUAUUUGUGCUCUAAAGCCACGAGAAGACGCAUUUGGCAUUAGCGAGCUUUUAACUUGGUGGUUAAAAGUUUAAAGGAAUUUUAAAUUUGUAUUGUUAUGUUUAUUUAUUUAUUUAAUCAGCCUAGGAACAUUUUGAACUUUCUGAGGUCAGCCAGUUAGGGUACACGACUUGAGAGUAUGCAGCUGAACGUUCUCCCAUGAGGCCGGUACCCUUUCCUAUGACCACUGGGAGAGAGAACUAUGUGCCAUCCUCUUCUAUAGCCAGGCCAUUGGCAGAUUAUCAAUAGAAACUUCCUUUAUAUGGAAAUUCAUGCGCCAGGGUAAAUUCAGAUGUGGGUUGGAGUUCCGGUUCUGGAGCCGGGAGUAACGCUUCUUCCUCUCAGGCACACUGGUGUUUCACUUCCUCACGUACAGGGAUUUGCAUGCCUCAUCUCAGCGUGCUCUGCACCACAUCAGAUGCCCGUUUGCAUGUUUAAUAAGUUCCAUCUUGUUAAGUGCUGAGUAUUGAGUAAAUACUGAGGAUUGUGGGUGGGUUGAAAUUUCAGUUCUCUUCCUAAAAUUUCAUGUGCUCUUUAAACUAUUAAGGAAAGGUUUGGAUAUUUGUACUCUAAAAUCCACCAAUUAAACCCGAUUAAACUGAGUUAUACAUUAAACCCUGACUAAAUUUACCUAUACAUAGUUCAUGUAAAUAUGAACUUUACUUAUGUGUAUGAGAUCUUCAUUGUCAUCUGAUUAUCAUUUUGCUCUAAAAUUUUGCUUUCCAAUAAACCAUCCUAUUAAAUGUUAGGAUCUCUGUUUCAGCACGGAUAAGUAUGGUAAAUUCCUCUUGAAACAGUUUGGCUAUCAUAUCAACUAACCCAUUGGAACGAAUGUUACCUGACAUUAAGGUUAAUAUUUUUUUAAAAGAAAAAACAGUAUUUAUCAAUUUGUAAGUUGGCGUCAUUACUAAUUUUAUUUUCCUAUGUCUCCUGUGGUCGUUAACCUUUGAAUGCACACCUAUACACAAACACAUUUGUUUACAUUGGUCUAUGAAGUAUUUGUGUUGGGUACAGAAGUGGGUGGGUGGGAGAGAGAAAGAGAAAGAGAGAGACAGAGAGAGAGAGAGAGAGAGAGAGAGAGAGAGAGAGAGAGAGAGAGAGAGAGAUUGUAAAACAUUUUGCUCACUUUCAGCAUUAGGAAGGCAGGCCAGGAUUUAGAUGACUGUGCUCAUUUACAUCGUCAGGGCAUAAAUAAUACCUUUUCAUCUGGAUACUAAAGAGUGGCAUCCUCCCAGGGUGGACUGCGAGGCUGACUGUAAGCUGCAUGACAGAUAAUAAGGCACAGGUUUUCUCAGGGCCUGACUAAUGGCUCCAAGGAACACAACCCCAGUCUACCCAGCAGCUUGUUUUGUGCUUUGGAAAACAGCCUUGUCAUUUCAGUAGGAACAGUUUAUUGCCGAUUCUGCCUCUGGAGAGCUCUGUCUGAUAAACAAACCGGAGAGCUCAGCACUGCAGCGGGUCCCGCAGGUGGGGCGGCGAGCCCUUCACGGUGCCUUUGGAGCCGAAACUGUGCUGGGGCGCUGUGGCCGCAGGGCUCCCGGACUGAGCUCUGCGCGGCCCGGGGGUCCUUGAUGCUGAAGCUGGGGCUGGCGCGCAUAGUAUCAAAGCGGCGGUCGGGGCGGGCGGGCUCCCUGCGCGGGGCUGCGGGCGGGCGGGCGCGGGCUUUGAUGCGGGCACCGGGUCCUGGGAGUCGCGGGUUUCGCGGCCAGGUGCGAGCUAGCAGGUUGUCCCGACAUCUGCUGGUGGCCGGGGCGGCCGAUUGUCAGCGGAGGAAGUUGAGAGCGGCAGGACCGUUUUGGUCUCACGCGCGCUGCCUGGAGGCCCCAAACUCCAAAGGUAGGAGCGGGGUGGACACAGCUGCGCUCCCAAACUUGCCUGAGGCACAAAUAGGAGAUCUAAUGCAGUUUGACUCCGCGGUGGUGGGGAGACAGGACAGAGAGCCACUUCAGAGACAACUUACCGCUUGCAACAUCUGCCGCCAAGUUUCCAGGGAGUGACAGGGGACAGCAGGUACAGAUCGAAGUCUCUGCACAAACAACCUCCAUUCCGCCCUGGACUCUUUUGAAGGGUCUCCAUCAAACAGGCUGGGGUCCGCAGCAGGAAUUUGUUUGGUUUUUCAAAGCAGAGUGCGUGUGUGUGUGUGUGUGUGUGUGUGUGUGUGUGUGUGUGUGUGUGUGUGUGUGUU